GAUUCUCAGUGGAAAGCUGAAGCCCAACCUUGGACGUUUUGACAACCCUCCCGACUGGGAAGAAAUUCUCAAGUACUUCCGUGGUUCCGAACUGCAGAACUACUUCACCAAGGUUCUGGAGGACGAUCUCAAGGCUGUUGUCAAGCCUCAAUAUGUCGAUCAGAUUCCCAGGGCUGUCAAGGGCCCUGUUCAGAACGUUGGAGACCUCAUCAAGGCCCGCGCUCAGUUGGGCAACCUGGAACACAUUCUCGACACUCUUGGUAUGGCACAGUUGCAAAUUGAGCGUUAUGAUAACACUGCUAAUGAUAUAUGCAGAGUUGAGACAGGUCCAGGACCGUGAUAUCGGUCACCUUUCUGGUGGAGAGCUCCAGCGUUUCGCCAUUGGUCUGGUUUGCGUCCAGAAGGCCGACGUCUACAUGUUUGACGAGCCUUCCUCCUAUCUUGAUGUUAAGCAGCGUCUCGCCGCCGCUCGCUCCAUCAGAGAGCUUCUUCGCCCUGACGAUUAUGUCAUUGUUGUCGAGCACGAUUUGUCUGUUCUUGAUUACCUGUCUGAUUUCGUCUGUGUGCUCUACGGAAGACCCGCCCUUUACGGUGUGGUUACUCUGCCUGCUUCCGUCCGUGAAGGUAUCAACAUCUUCUUGGAUGGUCACAUCCCCACCGAGAACUUGCGAUUCCGCGAGGAAUCUCUUACUUUCCGUCUUGCUGAGUCUGGUGAUGACUUCAUGGUGGACCGGGCCCGUGCUUUCUCCUACCCCAGCAUGGAGAAGACUCUCGGUAACUUCCACCUUAAGAUCGAUGCUGGAAGCUUCACCGACUCUGAGAUCAUUGUCAUGAUGGGUGAAAACGGAACCGGAAAGACCACAUUCUGUAAAAUGCUUGCUGGUGCUGAGAAGCCUGACGGUGGCAAGAGCGUUCCUCGCCUGAACAUCUCCAUGAAGCCCCAGAAGAUCACCCCCAAAUUCCAGGGUACCGUCCGUCAGCUGUUCUUCAAGCGUAUCAAGGCUGCGUUCCUGUCGCCCCAAUUCCAGACUGAUGUCUACAAGCCUCUCAAGAUUGAUGACUUCAUUGACCAGGAAGUUCAGAACCUGUCUGGUGGUGAAUUGCAGCGUGUUGCCAUUGUCCUGGCUCUGGGAAUUCCCGCCGAUAUCUACCUCAUUGACGAGCCUAGUGCUUACCUGGACUCCGAGCAGCGUAUCGUGGCCUCCAGGGUCAUCAAGCGUUUCAUCAUGCACACCAAGAAGACUGCAUUCAUCGUCGAGCACGAUUUCAUCAUGGCCACUUAUCUCGCCGAUCGUGUCAUCGUCUUCGACGGUAAGCCCUCCGUCGAUGCUCACGCCAACGCCCCUGAGUCCCUGGUCACUGGUUGCAACACUUUCUUGAAGAACCUGGAUGUCACCUUCCGUCGUGACCCCAACAGUUACCGCCCUCGUAUCAACAAGUACCAGUCCCAGAUGGACCAGGAGCAGAAGUUGGCCGGCAACUACGUAAGUCUACAAUCUUCUCACCUCAGCACUGGCAUAGUUCCGCCGUGGUGGUAUCUUCUUUUUCUCAUUGGAAACAUAAUACUGACUUGCAUUCUUCACAGUUCUUCUUGGAAGAAGAGAAAUGAAGAGGUUGUUCCGGGCAAGUAUGACCGCGUGCCUCACCGACGUGACGGCCGCGACUCGGACCAGCGGCGUCGCUAUCGUCGCUGGGGCUACCUUCGGGUAGUGGCGUUUUUCGGCGUUACAAAGGCCUCUGCAGCUCAGAGAAGGCGGCGCCGCUGCCGUGGCGUGCGCCUUCCUGAUGAUGUGGAUGGUGCUUUGGAGGAGGAUGACGAAGAGGGAGCGGACGACUUGUUCGGCUAGGUAGGAGCAGUGGUUUAACCUGUUCCAGUUAAUCCUCUCUGGCCUCCCCCCUUGUCGUCGCUCAUGGUCGUCCCUCCCCAGCGCCAUCCACGCCU